CGUCACUUGUGCAGCUGAGGGCUGCAGAGCGGAGGGGUGGGGUGGUGAGAUGAUGCAGUAGGCAGAGCAAAACAGCGAGAGACAGCUAAAGAGAAACGUUCUCACAGAGAGGACAGAGGGAAAAUAAUCAUGUCAGCCUCGUGGAUGCAACUCUUUUUUCAGAUCUUCCUGCUUCUCGUCUCCUGCAGACACAUCAAUACAAAGACACCUGGCCCAACACCUACGCCAUUAGCUCCCGUUAGUCCUCUGACAACAGAAGUGAGAAGUGCUGUCUUCAAAGGUGAAAGUCAAACAGAGAAAAUCGAACUGACUAACCCUGUCAGUCUAACACUCGAGUGCACCUGGGCUGGUAAUCUGAACAAACCGCCAAACAUAACUGGUUACUGGAAUAAAGAUGGGGAUGAAAUCGAGAACAGCCAUGUCACAGUGCAGGUGGAGAAUGGGCAGUAUAAUCUCAAACGAGAAUUCAGGAUUGUCAAUAAAGAAAACCUGGGAAACUACUCAUGCAUGUUUGGAAAUGAAGCACAAAUAGAUUUCAUUUUGACAGCUCCACAGAUUGGAGAGGUGCGAGACAAGCCAGUAGUCAGCUAUACAGGGGAUUUUACGGUGAUUUUAUGUAAAAUGGAGGAAACCAAACCAAAGCCCCUCAACUGGAACUGGUACAGAGGAAAUAAUACAGAGAAACAGAUUUCCAUUAAUGCACAGCCUGAACGGUAUGAAAUCAAAAACGAAGGGUGGACGACCAAGCUGAAAAUCUACAACUUGUCUGAUGCUGACUCCGGAUUGUAUUACUGUGAAGCAGCGUAUGCCAUUAGCACCACGAUGAGCCCUGUGAAGCUGAAGGUCAUCACCUUCUGGGAGCCUCUGAAGCCUUUCAUAGCCAUCCUGAUUGAAGUGAUCGUCCUGGUCGCCGCCAUCCUGCUCUACGAGAGAAGUCAGUCCAAGAAAAACAGCGUAGCAGAAACUGGGACAAAUGCUGAUCACACGAACACACUGACACAGGGAGAAAAUAGUGGAUCAGAGGGAAGUUCUUCAAUGAGACAGCGUAAAGUUUAAAGACCGGAAAGGCUGCAGUCCUGCAGAUUCAAGCUUCUUUAGAGCUGUUUUGCUUAUUUUCAAAUGUGAAUGUUAGAGCUUACUGAAGCAAUAUUGAGCCAGUUAUUUUGUGAAUAUCACCUCUGUUAUGAUCAAAAUGAAACCAAAUGAAAUGCAAUAACCACCACUUUAUAGCCGUUCCUCUGAUUUGUACAUAGUUUCUACUCAGUUUCAUCGGAAACUUUUUAUUUUGAAUGAACAGUAUCACGACAGUUGAGAGACCAAAGCAUUUAUAGCUGCUCUGUGUGUUCAACCCUUCAUACCCUCACUUCCUGUGGAGAAACCGAAAUCCUGUUGACUUUGUACCUUAUUCUCCCUUUACCACUUCUCUGUGAGGGAGGAAGUGCACUCUCUUUGCUUUUACAGCAACCUCAAUUUACCUUCACUUCUGUUAUUUAUGCUUUUUGGUCUGUGAGCAGUGCCUUACACUCUCAAAAAACAACU